ACAGUGAUGCCUUUUAACGGCAAUGUUUUCCCCACCGAUGCACCGGCCUCACGCAUUUCCGCCGGUGGAUCUGGUGCUGGAACUGUAAGCGGAGGUGGAGAUGGCACUGAUUUCUCCAGACCGAACUCAGCCGCCCGUGCGCACCCCCAAUUGUUGGAUGAGGGAGCCGCACCAUUUGUGACCUGUCGCAAGCCGCGAAUGGAUCUCAACUCGCUGCCAGUGCGCCAGUAUCUCGACCAGACGGUGGCCCCCAUCCUGCUGAACGGACUUCAAGCUUUGGCCAAGGAUAGGCCCGAGGAUCCGGUCAGCUACCUGGCCGCCUAUCUGAUGAAGAACAAGAACCGCUGCGACGAGAUGAACCCAGAGUUCAUGUAAACCACACACUACACUAGUAUCUAUAGAAUUCACAGUAACAAGUACACAAACGCCGAUUGCCUCAGGCCCCCAACCGCACACAUAUUAUGUUGACAACAUUGACUUUUAAAUGCAACACAAUCCAACACAGCUGGAAGUUCCCAGUCUCCAGCCAAUCACACAUACAUAGUUUUAACCAAUGUUAAGUGUCUCCAAAGUGACGACCAUAAUUAUUUUAUUUGUCCACGACUGCUAUUCGCCGAUUUUAUAGAUCAUUGACUUUUACACAAUUUAUCGCUGAUUAAACAAUUGUUAAAACACUCA